CACAAUUCAUGCUCAUCCGACAAGUUCAACAUCCACCGCCCUCAACUCACCCGCCUCCCUCCCUCCGAUACGUUCCUUCCCACGUCGAACCUCCAUCUGUAGUACCCCCCAAUUGUCCGCCGAUUUCCUCGUCUCCUCAACGGUCUGUCUUCGCGUGUCCGGAGCCGGCCUCCUAAAAGGGUGGCGCAGCGCCCAUGGCGCGACGACCUCCUUCAAGACGAUCGACAUCGAUGGACGGUGGCAUCACGCCGCGAAGGUCAUCGAUAGACACCUCCAACCCCAAUGUUUUCAGUGACGAUUAUGCCGUCGACCCUGCAGAUUCAAUAGGCGCUUCCAGUCCCACGGACUCGAUUGACAGCCGACCGGAAGAGCUGAACCUCGACCAGCGCAAUGACACAAACAACAAUCCGCGUGAAUAUAUCCCUCCUGGGCUUUCUGGAAACACAAUUGGCUUAAAUAGACUUUCCAUGUCCAAAAGAACCCUUCCAGCCGAAUCCUCCGCCUACCCCCACCGAGCCGUAUCAACAUCGUCCCGUUCCAUCGCAGACACUCGAAGAACCCUCAGCACCUCCUCUCGAUUCUCCAUCCCACGAGCCCAGAGUCCUUACAGAGGACCAACGGCUCCAAGUCAGCCCUAUGGGCUAUAUCCCCAAGUUACAAGAGCGUCUAGUGUUAUCAGCGAUUCGACCAUUCGGCCCCUAGAACUACCCUUUGUCCCACAAGGCGGUCCCGAGCACCCGUACUCUAUGUAUCCUCAAAACACAGUCCCUGAGGAUGAUGAUAGUUCGGACACCCAUAUCGCAUUGGGGUUUCCUGGACUGGGUCAAUCAUAUCCGCCCGAGACAUCAUCUUCCAGUAAUGAAUUGGGCGACAUUGUUGGUAGCGAUGGCCACAUCGAGCAAUUACCGCCCUACAGCCGAUAUGCGGACAACGUCAUCGCGAAGGGAGACAUGGCUCGAAUAGACCCGCAGACAUCGACCAUCACCGAAGAAUCGGGUCCUGCUUCCACCAUUCAGCCUCCUGCGGGGUCUGGAUCAGAUGUUGAAUUGACGGCCGUCGGCUCGGGGCCAUCUCAAGAUGAAGUCGCGAGGAAAGAAGGGCUAAGCGAAAAACGACGGAGAAGGACAUGCUGUGGAUUACCGAUCUGGACAGUGGUGAUUGUCGUUGCAAUCGUCGUACUGGCAGCGGUAAUUGGUGGAGUCAUUGGUGGGGUUGUAGGAAAUCAACAUGGAACACACCAAGCCGAAGUCGCAGCGACUACGACCGUUUGGCUUGACGCUGACCCCGCUCAAACUGGUCCGUCGACUCCGUCAUGUCCAACGGGUCACUAUACAAUCCCCCUCAAUCAGACGCAGGAGAUCGAUUCGUGCGUAGUCGACGAUGAGUACUCUCAUACAUGGGAAUGUCUAGACUUCGCCCUGCUUGGGAUCAACUUCUUCUCAAAUGGUCCGAAUUUUUCGGUAGUGUUUGACGACUACUCCGUGCGACCUCAACUGUUUAAGUACGGACCACAACCUCCCGAUUUCAACGGGACAUCAUUCGGGCUGCAACCAUACAUGGACAAGGAAGACGAUCAACUCGGUGUCGCCCUUUUUUUCAGUGUACUUUUCGACAAGCUGAUCAUUGUUCCUGCUGAUCAACUCUCUCCUGAACCUGGGUCGAUGAAACGCUCCGUCUCUGGCCCAGAGUUGGCCGAAAGAGGCAUGGGGGGCUACUGGGGGGUCAACUAUCUCAGUGUUGGAGACAAGCCCUGGUACUGUUUCUGGAACUCUUCCGUCAGCGAAUUCUGGGUCUUUUUGGAUCAAAACAUGGACGACGCCUACGAGACGUAUAGCAGUAGCUCUACGAUAACGUCUGCAUCCAGCAGGCCCACCAGCGCCGGUCCUCUCAGUGCGUCAUAUAGUGGCCCUGGAUACGGGACUGGACCGACGACUACGCCCGCAUCAGCCACCACGCCAUACCCAAGUGAACCGACUGACGAUGACGACUACUGGCCCGGCACCAAAGUCAAACGUCAAGCCACGGUUGGAUCACCCGACUUCCCCAAACUCGUCAAGAUGGUGGAGAAGCGGAAACCUGACAACAAUGUGCAACCGUAUUGCCAGCAGAUGCAAGUCCUCAACAACUGGCAAAUCAUGCCCAUACCCAAUGUGCCGACCAUUUGCAUCGAGGAGAGCGACUACAGCGCCCCUACUUCCGGUCCCAGCAAGAGGAUGGUGAUGCCCCGACGGUCACCCAACUCGGUGGAGCAGCUGGGAUCGAAUUGUAUUUGCGAAUGGUUCAGUGUAUAGACCCCGCGCGAGGGUAUGGGAAUCUGUCGCCUGUGUGUUUUAUGUGUUACGAGGUCAUGAGUGCGCUGCUGGAAGGCCUGCUGUUUGAUAUUCCCUUUAGGAAGGAUGUUAUUAUCCGAGGACGAAUUGGUAUUUUAAAUACGGGGAAUUUCUGGUCUGUAUAUUUGGGGGGUCUGGUUCUACUGUCUGCACUUUAGGCAUGGCGGACGGGGGACAGGCAAAAGUGGGAAUUAUGGUAGAAUCUUUCCUACUGUUAGUGGCAACAAGAAUUCCAGAAUUCGAAUUCGUUUUCCAGGACUCAUAUUCAGA